CAGAAAAAGCCUUGCCCACGGAUCUCACUUCAGACUCCAACACCCAUCAGAGAAUGGAAUGGUGGCCAGUCUAGGAGACCACGGGAGGCACACUUUGCCCCCAGUGAUGCCCACCCCUACCCGCCUGGCUCCUUCACCUCCCUGCUCCUGGCUGCUGGCACUGCUCCUUGUCCUCUGGGGAGCUUCUGAGCAGAGCAAGGGGGGUAAGUGGCAGGUGCUGCAGCCUGAGGGCCCCAUGCUGGUGGCAGAAGGUGAGACACUCCUGCUGAGGUGUACAGUAGUCGGCUCCUGCACUGAUGACAUGAUAAAAUGGGUCAAGGUGAGCAACCAGGACCAGCAGGAAAUUUAUAACUUCAAACAUGGCUUCUUCCCCGGGGUGAUGCCCAUGAUCCAGAAGACACUGGAACCACUUAAUUGCGACUAUUCCAUCUAUAUCCACAAUGUCACCACGAAACAUGCUGGAACCUACCGCUGUGUGAGGCUUGAUGGCUUGAGUGAGCACUCAGGAAAGAAGCUGGAUGAGGGCACCUCCGUGCUUGUGAAGAGAGCUGGGGACCCAGAGCCAGACCUCUGGAUCAUCCAACCCCAGGAGUUGGUGUUGGCAACCACUGGAGACACUGUCUUCCUGAACUGCACGGUGCUUGGAGAUGGUCCCCCUGGACCCAUCAGGUGGUUUCGGGGAGCUGGUCUGAGCCGGGAGGCCAUUUACAACUUUAGAGGCAUCUCCUACCCCAAUGUGACAGCAGUCCAGGCCUCCAACAAUGAUUUCAGCAUUCUUCUGCAUGGCAUCUCCACUGAGUAUGCAGGCACUUACUACUGUGUAAAGUUUCAGAGGAAACCCAACAGGCAAUACCUAUCUGGACAGGGCACCAGGCUGAGAGUCAAAGCAAAGCACACUUCUCUCCAAGAGUCAGAAUUCACCAAUGAACGUGCAGCCAAGGUAUUUCCAUCAGGCCUCCUGUCUGUGCUCACUCUUGCGGUCCUGGGGCUGAAAGCAGUGACCUUGGCUGCACUCCUGCUGGCCCUGGCUGCCCACCGGAGAAACCCUUGACAAGAAGAUGUCAAAAAUUCAGGCCCAGCAGAGCUGUGCUCAUCUUGGCAUGGGGCAUGGGGUAUGGAUGACUGGUCAGCCCUAGAGUGGGUCCUCUAAGAGAGGGCCAGGGACUCCCCAAUCAUUCCUCUGCCUCCAAUUCCAGCCUCCAGUUGCCCUCAGGACUCAAGACGAACUCCAGAUUCCCUACACCCAAUUUCUUUUCACCUGGCGAAAUUCCCCAUUUGGCACUGGGCUCCCCUCUGAUUUGCCUUCCUCUCUCUUCUCAGCCUGUUCAA